AUGGCAGAGGCCGCCAGCCCCGCGUUCCUUCUGUGCCUCCCGCUUCAGUUCCUGCUGUCCGGCUGGUUCGGGGCAGGGAGGGCCGACACUCACUCUCUCUGGUAUAACUUCACCAUCAUUCGUUUGCCCAGACAUGGACAACAGUGGUGUGAGGUCCAAGGCCAGGUGGAUCAGAAGAAUUUCCUCUCCUAUGACUGUGGCAGUGACAAGGUCUUAUCUGUGGGUCACCUAGAAGAGCAGCUGGAUGCCACAGAUGCCUGGGAAAAACAAUUGGAAAUGCUGAGAGAGGUGGGACAGAGGCUCAGACUGGAACUGACUGACACUGAGCUGGAGGAUUUCACACCCAGCGGACCCCUCACGCUGCAGGCCAGGAUAUCUUGUGAGUAUGAAACUGACAGACGCAUCUGUGGAUCUCAGCAGUUCGGCUUCGUCGGACAGGAGUUCCUCCUCUUUGACUCAAACAACAGAAAAUGGACAGUGGUUCAGGACAGAGCUAGGCAGAUGAAAGAGAAAUGGGAGGACAGUGGACUAACCAUGUUCUUUCAGGUGUUCUCAAUAGGAGACUGCAAGAGCUGGCUUAGGGACUUCCUGAUGCACAGGAAGAAGAGGCUGGAACCCAUAGAACCACUCACCAGGGCCCCAGGCACAGCCCAUACCAAAGCCAUGUCCACCAACCUCAGUCUCUGGAGCUGCCUCAUCAUUCUCUGCUUCAUCCUCCCUGGCAUCUGA